AUGGGUGGCUGUGGUCAGAGGGAAGCUAACCUGACCUUUCCCUCUCUUUCUCCCUUUCCAGGGUUCCACCUCAGCGGAACAGUCACAGAGCCAGCGACUGCAACAGAACCAGAGAUGACCUACAAGGUGGCCAUCAGCUUCGACCGCUGCAAAAUCACCUCGGUGACAUGCGGCUGUGGGAACAAGGACAUUUUUUACUGCGCUCACGUCGUGGCGCUUUCACUGUACAGGAUCCGCAAGCCAGACCAGGUCAAACUCCGUCUUCCCAUCUCAGAGACCCUUUUCCAGAUGAACAGGGACCAGCUCCAGAAGUUUGUUCAGUAUUUGAUCACAGCACACCACACCGAGGUGCUGCCCACCGCCCAAAAGUUGGCUGAUGAGAUCCUGUCAUCCAACUCCGAGAUCAACCAAGUGCACGGUGCUCCUGACCCCACUGCUGGGGCCAGCAUCGAUGACGAGAACUGCUGGCACUUGGACGAGGAGCAGGUCCGAGAGCAGGUGAAGCUGUUCCUAUCUCAGGGAGGGUACUACGGCUCGGGGAAGCAGCUCAACUCCAUGUUUGCCAAGGUCCGGGAGAUGCUGCGCAUGAGGGACUCCAACGGGGCCAGGAUGCUGACAUUGAUAACAGAGCAGUUCAUGGCUGAUCCUCGGCUCUCCCUCUGGAGGCAGCAGGGGACAGGCAUAACAGAGAAGUGCCGGCAGCUCUGGGAUGAGCUGGGGGCACUGUGGGUGUGCGUGGUGUUAAACCCACACUGCAAGCUGGAAGAGAAAUCCUGCUGGCUCCGGCAGCUGCGCAAGUGGGGCGAGAUGGACGUGUGUCCCCUGGAAGAUGGCAAUUACGGUAACGAGCUUCCCAACAUCACUAACGCGCUUACGCAGAGCUCCGGUCACAGCCAAGACUCCCUGGCCAGGCCCAGACGAACUGUGUUCACUCGGGCGAUCGAGGGCUGUGACCUGCACUGGCAGGACAGCCACCUGCAGCGCAUCAUCAGCAGUGACUUCUACGUGUCCCCCUCCUACCAGCGGGAGGGGGAGAGCCUCCUCUUCAACUCCCAGGGACAGCCACUGUGGCUGGAACACGUCCCAACAGCCUGUGCUCGGGUGGAUGCUCUGCGCUCCCAUGGUUAUCCCAGAGAAGCUCUCCGACUAACUGUGGCCAUAAUCAACACCCUGCGACUGCAGCAGCAAAGGCAGCUGGAAAUAUAUAAGCAUCAGAAGAAAGAGCUGCUGCAGCGAGGAGCGACAACCAUCACGAACCUGGAGGGCUGGGUAGGCCACCCUCUGAACCCCAUUGGCUGCCUCUUUCUCACCCUGACCGAAGCUUGUAGAUUAGAAGAGGAAAACUGCCUUGAAAUUUCAGACGCUGGGGACUCCAAACCACCAGUGUAUCAACAUGUGCCCGUCGUGACCGGCAGCCAAGAGGGUGAUGAGUCCUACCUGUCCCUGGCCUUAGAGGUGGCCCUGAUGGGGAUGGGUCAGCAGAGAGUGAUGCCUGAAGGUCUCUAUGCCCAGGACAAGGUUUGCCGCAAUGAGGAGCAGAUCAUUGCCCGGCUGCAGGACCUGGAGCUGGACCCAGUGCUGGUGCAGACCCUGCGGAAGCAGUGCAUCUUGCUGCUGGAAGGUGGUCCCUUCAGCGGCUUGGGAGAAGUCAUCCACCGGGAGAGCGUCCCCAUGCACACCUUUGCCAAAUACCUGUUCUCUGCCCUGCUGCCCCACGAUGCUGACCUGGCAUACAAGCUGGCUUUGCGGGCCAUGAGGUUGCCUGUCCUGGAGACCACGGCACCAUCCGGCGACGUGACUCACCCUCACCACCUGGUCUCAGUGGUCCCCAGCAGGUACCCACGCUGGUUCACUCUGGGGCACCUGGAGUCACAGCAGUGUGAGCUGGCCUCCACCAUGCUCACAGCAGCCAAAGGGGACAUGCUGCGCCUCCGCACGGUGCUGGAGGCCAUCCAGAAAAACAUCCACUCCUCCUCCUUGAUCUUCAAGCUGGCUCAGGAUGCAUUUAAGAUUGCCACGCCAGCUGACAGCAACUCUGACACGACACUGCUCAAUGUGGCGCUGGAACUGGGGCUUCAGGUGAUGCGUAUGACCCUGUCCACCCUCAACUGGCGGCGGCGGGAGAUGGUGAGGUGGCUGGUGACGUGUGCUACCGAAGUGGGAGUGAGGGCCCUGGUGAGCAUCCUGCAGAGCUGGUACUCACUGUUCACUCCCACGGAAGCCACCAGCAUUGUGGCAGCCACAGUGAUGUCCCACAACACCAUCCUGCGCCUGAGCCUGGACUACCCACAGCGGGAAGAGCUGGCCAGCUGUGCCCGUACCCUGGCCCUGCAGUGCGCCAUGAAGGACCCCCAGAACUGCGCCCUGUCCGCCCUGACCCUCUGUGAGAAGGAUCACAUUGCCUUCGAGACCGCCUACCAGAUCGUCAUUGACGCUGCCUCCACCGGCAUGACCUACACCCAGCUCUUCACCAUCGCCCGCUACAUGGAACACCGGGGCUACCCACUCCGAGCCUUCAAACUGGCCUCACUGGCCAUGACACAUCUCAACCUGGCUUACAACCAGGACACUCACCCGGCCAUCAAUGAUGUGCUCUGGGCCUGCGCCUUGAGCCACUCUCUGGGCAAAAACGAGCUGGCAGCCAUCAUCCCACUGGUGGUGAAGAGUGUGCACUGUGCCACAGUGCUCUCGGACAUCCUUCGCCGCUGCACCAUGACAGCGCCGGGGCUGGCUGGCAUCCCUGGGCGCAGGAACUCGGGGAAGCUGAUGUCCACUGACAAAGCCCCCCUGCGGCAGCUGCUGGACGCGACGAUAAGCGCCUACAUCAACACCACCCAUUCCCGGCUCACCCACAUCAGCCCACGGCACUAUGGGGAGUUCAUCGAGUUCCUCAGCAAGGCCAGGGAGACCUUCCUCCUGGCGCAGGAUGGGCACAUACAGUUUGCCCAAUUCAUUGACAAUCUUAAACAAAUCUACAAAGGCAAGAAAAAACUGAUGCUGCUGGUGCGAGAACGGUUUGGGUGAGCCCCGGCUCCUGCCAUGGUCACUGGCAGGGUCUGGCCGCAGCAUGGUGACUUGGGAGAGAAGAAGGAAGGAAAGUGGAGAUCAGCUUCCCCCCCAUUGGUAGAGGCUGCUCUGUUCUGGUCUUCUGGGUUUUUUUUAUUUGUUUUGUUUCUUUCUUUUUUUUUUUUUUUUCUUUUUAGUGUUACUCUUUCUUGGAUUUAACGAUUUCACACACUGAGAGGAUCCAGAGAUUCCUUGGGCACAAACCAAAAGGCAACCACGGGGAAAAAGGAUAGUUUACCCAGCCCCCUGCCCUCCCUUGCCAAUACCAAAAGCUAACCUGGAAACUAAUACCUCUUUCCUAAAGGACGUGGUCGCUGGAGGGAUACGAAGGUUGCAAAGUGAAGAGUCUUUAAAAUUAUGUGGGAAAUUUAACAAAACAAAAACAAAACAAAAAAAAAAAAAAAAAAGGAAAAAAAAGCGAGCAAAGAAACCUGCGACACUAGAACCUCAUGCGUCACCAAAAGCGAUGGCUUUGCAGAGCGCUUCUCCUGCCCGCCCGAGACAUGCAAACUCCUCUAUUUGUGAAGAUACUUCAAUAAAAACAAGUAAAAGUAACUGUUCUCAGGGAUUGCUUACUAAAAGUAACACAAAAAAAAGCAUUUAUGAUACUGUAAAUACUAUAGUAUAUGUGUCAAUUAUUAAAUUGUAAAGUUAUAAUUAUUUAUAAUUCUGUCUUUUAUUUGGGGGAUACUUGAAAUUGUUGUGGGCUGGGGCGAUUAUUUUUAUUAUUGCUAUUAUUAUUAUUAUUGUUAUUAUUAUUAUAACUAUUAUUUAAAAAACCCACACAAAACCACAGACAAAAAGAGGAGGAGGCACGCGAACAUUUCUCAGGUUCCCAUGGCAUCGUCAGCAGCAAGAAGGGUGUGGGGGGGAGGCGAACAUCUGCUCGACUCACAGCCCUGGGACGGAUGGACAGAUGGACGGAGGAGCAGCAGCCCAGCGCUGGACGACAGCGACGGAAGCAACUGGGGACGAUGCUUGCUCGGACACACGCAGAUGCUGGCGGACUCAGCCCAUCGCAGGGCGGGUGCACGGUGCGAGUGCCUGGGCGGGCACCAGGGCUGCCGGCUCCGGGGGAGGGAGGGGCAGCCGCGUCGCCUUCCCGCACCGUUCCCAGCUCCGUGGUGCAGCCAGCGCUCGGCCCUUCCCGGCUCGCCCCGCGCUCAGGGCACAUUCCAGCCCCGGGCUAGCGGCUCUUCAAUUUUUGUUUCUUUGCCAGCAGGUUGGGAGGGCUGGGAGGCCAGGGCCGGUCUGGAGGGUGACUUGUAGUUAGAAGAACGUGCGCUAGUUAUCUGCUGUCUGGUUUAAUUUUUUGGCAAGUGACUUGUGUCCGCGCUCUGGCCAGGAACCCAAUUGUACUCGGUCUGUGUCGCCACCGAAAUAGCAGUCUUCAACCAGUCUGUUUCUCUCUUUUUUUCCUUCCCUUUUUUUUUUUUUUUUUUUUUUUUGCGUGCGUGCGUGUAUGUGUGUGUGCGACCUCUUCAUCUGAUGUUUAAUAAUAAAAGGGAUGAACGUUA